AUGAAGGCAUGCCUAUGUUUUUGCUUUCUUACGCUCAUAUCCAUAAUGCAAUGCCUAAAUAUGAAACGUGAAUUCGAUGGUACAAAUUCAAUGGAUCAGAAUAAAAAUACGGAGAAAGAGCGUAAGAUGGAUUUUGCAAGCAAUUUUCCAACGAAAAUUACUGCAAACGAAGCUAAAGAUACUAAAUAUAAAAAUGACGAAUAUUCGGCCAAUUAUAAAAAACUCUCUGCUACUGAAAAAGUUGUAUCAAUGAACGUGACCCAACAACGUGACCCGAUCAUUAUUGGUAAACCGGAUCUAAGUGAUGUAUGCUUUCGAGUUUACAACGAAUGCAUUGUUGUUAAUGCGCAACCGUAUGAACGACGAUCUAACAUGCAAUUAGACGAAUGCAAGCAACGAUGCAUGCAAUCACAAAAUGACGCUUACAGUUGUCGUUCAUUGGUGUAUGAUAUUACUAAUAAGGUUUGUGAUUUUUUUACUCACCAAGGUGAUCAGCCACCUUCAAAACUACUCAAAUACUAUGAACAUUCAUAUUUGGAGCCAACUUUUGUUAAUGGAUGUGAUUUGAAAUAUGCAAAGAGGAUGAAGACGAGAGAAACAGAUUCUACAGACAAAACGAUAAACAAUGCAAUGCUGUUGAAUGAUUUAACUAAAGAAGAUAGAAAUCAAGAAAGUUGUGAAGAAGGGAAAGUUGUCAAAUAUCUGCGAACUCAAGGAUUUAAAUUUGAUAGCGAUAAUCGGAUAAAUUUAAAAGCUUAUAAUUUGGAUAGAUGCAUUGAUGCAUGUACCAACAAUAUCGAUGAUAAAAGGCGUCCUUUUCGAUGUCGUUCUUUCGAUUAUGACGAAAAUGGUUGUAAUUUAAUUGGCGAAGUAGCAACACGACGUGGUAGCAGACAGCUAAAACAAAAUUCUAUCUCUAAUUAUUAUGAAAAAAUUUGUAUUGAUGAUGAUUUAAUGAGCAGUGAUUGUCAAAGUAUAAAUCGUUUCCCACAAAUGAUAUUAAUUGGAUUUGCGGAAGCAGUUAUUACAACACAAACAUUUAUGGGAUGUUUUGAAAAUUGCUUAAAAUCACGACAAUUAUUUGCAAUGAAUUGUACCAGUGCUGUAUAUUUCUAUGAGGAAUUGGAGCAAAAUUGUAUUUUAAACAGUGAAAAUAGACAGACGCAAAAGAAUCUUUUUGUGGAAGAGAAUGCUGAUAUUGUUGAUUAUUUCGAAAUAAAUUGUCCAUUAAGAAAACAAAAGAAAAUCAUUGAUGAUUUAAUAUUUAAAAGUUAA